AUGAUCAAACAAUUUCUUUGUCAAUUAUUCUCAAGACAAUGUCAAUUAAAAUCUCUUCGACUUGAUAUUAGCUAUGGAUUUAUUGAUGGUGCUAUUCAUCGAUAUUUACCAUCAAACUCUUAUCACUCUUCCAAUCUUAUUCAAUAUCAACUUCAAUCUUAUUGUAUGACUCUUCGUCGUUUUCAUAUUCGACUAAAUCACAUAUGUUUUUUUGAAAAUCUUAUUGAAUAUGUACCAAAUCUUGAAGAAAUAACAGUUGAGUUUGAUCAAACAAUGACUUCAUAUGUAUUAAACACAACAAACAUUGAAAGAUGGAGUCAAUCAAAUCAAAAUUGGCUUUAUAAACUACCAAAACUACGAUGUUUUAGUUUAAAAACUUUCAUUAACAAUGAUUCGGAUAUUAUUUAUUUGAAAUGGCUUCUUAAUAAUAUGAAUUAUAUUGAAAAACUUCAACUUCAUCUUAGAAGUGAUAAACUAAUCGAAACAAAAUGUCAAAAUAUAUUAAAAUCUUUUAUUGAUGCAAAUUUUAUUCGUCAAUAUUGUUUACCUGAUAUAAUACCUAAUUUGAUUUAUUUCAAUUUUUAUAUUUAUUCACAAUGUCAAUUAUCAUUUAAUGAUAUAGAAAGAAUAACUAAUUCAUUUAAAAUUCAUUCUUUUUUUAUCGAACAUCAAUGGACAAAUGUUAAAUGUUUGUUUGAUCCAAUAGUGUCAUGUCAACAUCUUUUCUCUUUUUUCACUAAUACAUCUCAAAUAUCCGAUAAUCUUAUGUAA